AUGGACAUUGCUCGUGGUGUUUUACUGUGGGCUCUAACCCAAGUCUUAUACGAGAUUCCUGAGCAGGUCUCUAUGCAAUUUGGAAGCAGAGUCAUCAGGCCUCGUCCUCGCAUCCCACCAUGCACCCACAUACCACUUCCGUCCCGAGGCCGACGCAACAUACUGGCAGGCAAGUCUACGACCCCAGCCCUAAACCCCAGCACCCCCCUCCUCUUCAACUUCAGUCACUCAAAGCUCCUCAACACCACCUCAUCCACCAACUCCUACUGGACAAGCUCCUACAUCACCAACACAACCAACGAGCAAUACCUCCUGAUCUCGCAUCUCCUCGUGGGCCCCUCAGACCGCUCCUGGUACCGGGCCUCCGCCCUCAACCUCGCCAACCCGUCCAACUACACCACCACCGUCACCUCCAGCACCGCUCCUGUCUUCCAGCCAGGCCCGCAGCUGCGCGCCACAAUGCGCACCUUCAGCGCUGACUCCCCCGUCCUGACCUUCGACCUCACCUACGCCGCGACCUCGACGGCCCUCGUCAACGGCGGCAUGGGCCUGUUCGCCUUCGGCAGCGGGCGCACCUACGAGUGGGGGCUCCCCAACUGCGUCACGACGGGCAGCGCGCGCAUCAACGGGGCGCCACUGCGCGUCGACCCGGCGCGCUCGUUUACCUGGUUCGAUCGCCAGUGGAUCGAGGCCGCUGCGGCGGCGAGCUGGACGCGGUUUGAGCUGCAUGUCGCGGGCUCGCGGGACAGACUGAGCGUGUGGGCGAUUGACAGCGGCGAGGGAGGAGGCCCGGGGGUUCGCUUUGCAACGAUUCGGCGGGGAGAUGGCGCGCAGCUUGUUGUGCCGGUUGGCUUUAGGGCGGAUUACACGCGGCAGUGGUAUUCGCAGGCGAGUGGCAAGCUGUACCCGCUGGACUGGGUGGUCACGGUGGGUGAGGUUGGUGUGUUCCGGAUUGCGAGCAUCGUUGGGGAUCAGGAGAUUGCCGGGGGUUCGGCGUUUCCUACGGCCUACGAGGGAUUCGUGACUUUCGAUGGUCGUUUCGAAGGACAGGAGGUCGGCGGGUUUGGCGUUGUGGAAAUUAUCUUCAGCGGGGAGAGUUGA